AUGUCUUGCCGCUCCUACAGAGUCAGCUCUGGCCAUCGGGUGGGGAGCUUCAGUUCUUGCUCAGCAGUGGUCCCUCAGCAUCUGAACCGCUUCCGGGCCAGCUCUGUCUCCUGCAGGAGUGGGCCUGGCUUCCGGGGCUUGGGUGGUUUUGGUAGUCGGAGUGUCAUCACCUUUGGACCAUCCUCACCCCGGAUAGCAGUUGGAUGCUCUCGUCCCAUCCGCUGUGGAGUUGGCUUUGGAGCUGGCAAUGGGAUGGCCUUUAGCUCUGGUGACGGGAGUGGCAUUGGUCUGGGCUUUAGGGCCGGCAGUGGUGUUGGCCUGGGGUUUGGAGCUGGUGGCUGCCUUGGCUAUGGUUUCGGAGGCCCUGGUUUCGGUGGCCCUGGCUUUGGUGGCCCUGGCUUUGGCUACAGAAUUGGAGGAAUUGGAGGCCCAUCAGCCCCCGCUAUCACACCCGUGACUGUUAACCAGAGCCUGCUGACACCCCUCAACCUGGAGAUUGACCCCAAUGCCCAGAGGGUGAAGAAAGAUGAAAAGGAGCAGAUCAAGACCCUCAACAACAAAUUCGCCUCCUUCAUUGAUAAGGUGAGGUUUCUGGAGCAACAGAAUAAACUCCUAGAGACCAAGUGGAGCUUCCUCCAAGACCAGAAAUGUGCCCGGAGCAACCUGGAGCCUCUCUUCGAUAACUAUAUCAGCAGCCUGCGGAGGCAGCUGGAUGUACUAAGCAGUGACCAGGCUCGGCUACAGGCAGAGAGGAACCACCUGCAGGACAUCCUUGAGGGCUUCAAGAAGAAGUAUGAAGAGGAGGUGGUAUUCCGGGCCAAUGCCGAGAACGAGUUUGUAGCGCUGAAGAAGGAUGUAGAUGCAGCUUUCCUGAACAAAUCUGAUCUGGAAGCCAAUGUGGAUGCUCUGAUCCAGGAAAUUGAAUUCCUGAAGGCUCUGUACCAGGAGGAACUCCAGUUGCUGCAGUCACAUAUCUCAGAGACAUCUGUCAUCGUGAAGAUGGACAACAGCCGGGACCUGAACCUGGAUGGGAUCAUAGCAGAAGUCAAGGCGCAGUAUGAGGAGGUGGCGAGGAGGAGUCGUGCAGAUGUGGAAUCCUGGUACCAGACCAAGUAUGAGGAGAUGCGGGUGACUGCUGGCCAGCAUUGUGACAAUCUACGUAAUACACGGGAUGAGAUCAAUGAGCUGACCCGGCUGAUCCAGAGGCUGAAAGCAGAGAUCGAGCACACCAAGGCUCAGUGUGCCAAGCUGGAGGCUGCCGUGGCUGAGGCAGAGCAGCAGGGUGAAGCAGCCCUCAAUGAUGCCAAGUGCAAGCUGGCUGAUCUGGAGGGUGCCCUUCAGCAGGCCAAGCAGGACAUGGCCAGGCAGCUGCGGGAAUACCAGGACCUCAUGAAUGUCAAGCUGGCCCUGGACAUCGAGAUUGUCACCUAUAGGAGGCUGCUGGAGGGCGAGGAAAUUCGGAUCUGCGAAGGUGUUGGGCCAGUAAACAUAUCUGUGAGCAGCUCUCGUGGAGGUGUGCUGUGCGGGCCUGAGUUGGUUUCUGGAUCCAGCCUUUCCCACAGUGGUGGAGUCGCCUUCUCUAGCAGCAGUGGCAUCCGUGCCACUGGAGGGGUUCUGGCUUCCUCAAGCCUGAGGGCUGGUGGGGACCUGCUGAGCUCUGGGACCAGAGGAGGCUCAGUGCUGGUGGGUGAUGCCUGCGCUCCCAGCAUCCCCUGUGCACUGCCCACCGAAGGAGGCUUCAGCAGCUGCAGUGGUGGUCGUGGUAACAGGAGCUCCAGCGUCCGCUUCUCAUCUAGCACCACCUCCCGCAGGACCAGGUACUGA